AAAGAGCAAGUAACCUCCAUGGUGGCCCUUGUUUGGACUUAUGGAGGAAAGUGAAUCUCUUUUAUUUACAAAAAGCUUCCGAACCCAUUCCACUGCAAUUUGGCAAGCUUAAUCCACUCUGAAGGGACUCAUAAAUGUCACUCACUUUGUCAAAAGGGGAGAAGAGUUACAGCUGUUUUUAGAUUUCCCAUUAUAGUGAAAGGGGAACCACAGAACUUCAUUUGGUACAACUCAGAACCCAAAUUAAAGAUCGAAGCGGGAAAAGUAGAGUGUCUGAAAACAGAUCAGUAAUUUUAAAAUGCACAAACUCAGCUACAAGACAAAUCUUGGGGCCUGCGCACACCCCUAAAACAUACACAAUGGAUUAAGAGUGGAUUUAAGGCUUCCAUCUUGCCAUUGAGUUAGGAAUCCCUCUAGGGCAUCAGGCCAGGUCAGAGGGAAGGGAAGAGCAGUCGGGAGGCAGGUCAAUUUUUACAGGGGAACUUGGGUGUGGAAAUAUUGCAGGGCUGUAUAUAUAAAACCAGAAGAGACUCCUUAGGGAUGUCUGAGCCUGGGCGACAACAGACGUGGAGGAAGAAAGGAGCAGAAAGGAGACGCCAAUAUGAAGACUUCCUUUGCCUUCCUGAUACUUCUGCUAGGUUCAGCUUCGACUUUUUGGUUGCAUGAAACAAAAGUAACAAUAAAAGAAACAAAAGAAACUAAAGAAACCAACGAGCACCUCCUGUAUCCCUAUGGGGAAGCUGCAGGAGAUAUGAAGAACCCCACGGCAGAUGACGGGACGUCCCCUAAGAUUCCCAUUUUGGUACCUUUCACCUUCUACGACAAGACUUACCACAGCGUUUAUGUCAACAACAAUGGGGUGGUUUCCUUUUCCGUGCCCGUCCCAGAGUACACCCCCGAAGCCAUCCCCAUGGUAAACGGAAAGGCCUUUGUUGCCCCUUACUGGGCGGAUGCCAACAUUAUUCUAGGUGGCCACGUCUAUUACCGGCAGACGCAGAAACCAGAACUGCUGAGAAAUGUCACCCGGGACAUUAAUAACUACUUCCCUGAAAUCAGUUUCACAGCCACCUGGCUCUUCAUUGCCACCUGGGACCGUGUAGCCUAUUUCGGAUCUUUGUCCAGGAAGGUAAACACCUUCCAGGCUAUCUUAUGUACUGAUGGCCAUGUUUCCUUUAUGAUGCUCAACUAUGCAGACAUCCAAUGGACUACAGGGGCAGCAAGUCAGGGAAAUCCCAGAACAGGUUUAGGAGGAAUCCCAGCACAGGCCGGCUUCAACAGCGGCGAUGACAAGAACUACUACAACAUCCCUAGCUCCCGCACUCCUCAAGUCAUCAACAUUACAAAAACUAGCAACGUGGAUGUGCCAGGACGCUGGGUGUUCCAGGUGGACAAUUUCAAACCGGCUAGAGACCCUAAAGAGCUUACGCCUAAGAAAGAAGAACCAGAAGUCCCCCAGAAAGAAGAGGACCUCCCUGAGCAAGAAACAGGACAUCACAACCAUGAGGACAACCAGGAGGUUCCUGAAGAACAGUCACAUGUGGACAGUGAUGAGGAGGAGAGUGAUCACUGUGAAUGAUAAGCCACUUUCCUCAGAAGACCUUUGCUGUUGCCGUCAGAAGAGAGAGACAGCCAGGAUGUAGAACUAUCCCUCUGUUGCCCUCUAGAGGCUUUCUGCAACUGCAGCUUAAUUGUAGUGUAGCAAUAAAAUAUUAAGCUCUUCUA